CCAUUAUUUUUUUUCUUAAUACUACUAUCUUUGUUUCCAAACACUCCAAAUUUUUUUAAUAGUCCUAUUCAAGUUUCCAAACACUCCAAUUUUGUACUUGAGUUUUAAUAAAAUAGAUAUCAUUUUGGCCAAACCAAGAUUGAUUAAUUUCUUUCACCUUUUUCCAAGAGAGGAACAUUGAACCGGAUUCUAAGUAGCUUGCAUAUUAGUUUUAUUUAAUAAUUUGGAAGAUAGUGAUUUCGCCUCAUAUUAAUAGGGAAAGAAGGUUUUCUGAUGGUCAGCAAAUUGGUUUCUCUGUCAGUUUUGUCUUACUCUUACCGCGGAAUUAGUUGAACAUGUUUGUUAUAAAAAGAACAAUAUAUGAUAUUAAAAUCUAUUUUGCAUACAAAUUAUAUGUCAUCGAUAAUUUAUUUUCAAAAACUAAACCAAAUUUCUUUUGGAAAAGAAUACUAGUCAGAACUCAGUUCGAUGAACUUGAAAUUAAGAAACUAACAUCAUAGCCUCAUAGGUUUGUAUGGUAAGGGUCGUAGUUCAACCCCAUGCAUGUAAGCAGAAAGAGUUGACAAAAAGACCAAUGCUUUGUCUUUCUUGUAAGCUAGAUUUCUACCUAACAAAAUCAUUAAUUUUAGAUGUUGAAAUUUAUUACAGUGUGGUUGUUACAUGUUUUUGAAAAAAGAAUCACGUGAUAAGAACAAUAUUUGGUCGUGAAGAAAAAAUAGCAGCAAAGUGUUUGAACUUUAGAAGCAUUGAUUAUUAGGUUUUGGUGUAUUUAACAGUAUUAUAAACCAGCAAUCUAAACAAGUCAAAUUAGCUUAGUGUCAUCCAUGAGUCCAAAUCAGCUGCUUUAACCGAACCGAAAAGAAAACCCUACUCUAAAUCCAAACCGAAUUUUAUUCAUAUUAUUUAAUUUUUAUUUCUGUUGAAAAACAAAAGAAACAAUUAGACAAACCGAGAAACAAGCUAGAGACACACGUUCUACGGCGAAACGAAAAAAAAAAGUCAAACUGAAACUGUAAGUAUAAACUAUCCAAUUGAUUUACCAAAACCGACAACCAAACUUUCUCAUUGAAAUUCAAACUAUGUUUGGUCCACAACUACACAUUAUACUUCAAAAUGUAGCUGCCGUCUGCUCCAAAAAAUCAAACAUUAUGUUCGGUAUACAGUGUUAAAUUUACAAUAACAUUUAAUUUCUUUUAAAUUUCUUAUCCUUCGCUCAUUGAUCGCUUUUUAUUUUUGAAUCUGAACGCUCAAUAAACCAGUUGGGAUCUUCCCGAGAAGCAGCCUAAUGUCAAUGAUCACGUUCUUCUGAAUUCAAAACUUAGUUAAGAAUAAAAAUUCAACUUUGCAUCUUCUCGUGUAUUACUAUAUAAGAAAUACUAAAUCCACAAAACACUCACAGCAAAUUUAAUAAUCUGAUAACGAGAGAGCGAACAAAACGAGUUAACUUAAACUAUAAUGAUGAGCAAAGGUGUUGUAGGUACGAUUCUGCUCUUCAUGUUGAUCGGUGCGGUUCUUGUUGAGACUCGUCCCAUUAGUGGUCUAACAAAGACUGAAGAGAAGAAACUCGUGGCUGGUUUUAUCGAUGGCUUAUCACUUGGUUCGAUCAAAGACUCAGGUCCCAGUCCAGGGAAGGGUCAUAAUUUCGUGGACGGAAGUGAUACAUCCCGAUUUGAAAAGCACUCCGGUCCAAGCCCAAGAGGACUGGGUCACUAAUUUUCAAAUCUUAGUUCAACACCCCGGCCGGUUUAAAUUCCCAUCUCCAUCUAGGUCCAAAAUAUUGUUUCAUUUUUGUUAGAGAGUCAAUAACAAGAGUUGAGUGUCUCAUCUAUUUUUUUUUUUGCUAUCAGUGAUUAUCGUUUUGUUAGUUAUUUAAUUCUAUAGUUGAUGAUGUAAAAUGUGACUAAUAAUUUCGAUUCUGGUCAAUAUGAUUUAAAUGUAAUAAUAAACAUGAUUAUUCUAAGAGCAUCUCCAAAGAGGAACUCUAUUUUGAAGUUUC